UAACGAAAUAAAGAUAUAUAUUUUUUAAAAAGCCAACAGCAAAACUACAUCUCACUGCUGCUUGGAAGUGCUCUUGGUUUCUAAUGGCUGGUGGGGAAGGACUGCGUGGUUUCCAGAAUGACUCCUCCUGCUGUCUCCUUUUUGUCUUUGUUUCAACGUGUUUCUCUGAACAGUCAGAAGGUCAGUUUGAAAGAUCGUGUCUUCUCCAGUCCCCGCGGUGCUGGCACCAAAGGGAAAGGCUCUCCACAGGCUCAGGGCAUCCGGAGGUCCCCCAGUGCUGACCAGAGCAUCGAGGACAGCCCCAGCAAGGUGCCCAAGAGCUGGAGUUUUGGAGACCGCAGCAGAGCCCGGCAGGCUUUCCGCAUCAAGGGAGCUGCAUCGCGGCAGAACUCCGAAGAAGCAAGCCUGCCUGGAGAAGACAUUCCCGAUGAGAAUAAAAGCUGCAACUGUGAGUUUGUGACGGAAGAUUUAACACCAGGACUGAAAGUCAGCAUCAGGGCAGUGUGCAUUAUGCGAUUUCUCGUCUCCAAACGCAAGUUUAAGGAGAGCCUUCGGCCCUACGACGUGAUGGACGUCAUUGAGCAGUACUCAGCUGGCCACCUGGACAUGCUCUCCCGGAUUAAAAACCUCCAAUCCAGGCAAGAGACUCCUCUGCUUGCUUCACUUUGCCCCUGCUUUUUGUUCAUCACACAGAUGUUGCCACGUGAGACACUUUCCCUUGCAGCUACACCUUAAUCUUUUUCCUCCUUAAGAGAAAGUUCAGAGGAAGCAUCGUUGCAUAUGGCUGGGACCCAUGGGGAUGAUCAGGAUGGAGCACAUGCAGAGCAAGCACUGGGGUUGUGCCAUUAAAUCUGCCUCUUGUCCACCUCAGGACAGCUUUGACAGCUCUGAAUUAGAUUUCUCUCUUUCCCCACACACAAAAUCCAUGUCAUCUACAGCUCACCUCCCUGCAGGUAUUUCUUUAGGAGUUUCAUCCAUUUGAGCCUUCCAUGGCCCCUGUGCCCCAGGCCAAUGAUCAGACCCCUAUCCCAGGCAGCUCUGUUGGCUCAGCAGAAGUGGUCACAGCUCUGCUGAACACAAGGACACCCAGAGCAGGAGGCUGGGUUUGGCCUUGGGCUGUCUGUGGUCAGAGUCAUUUACCAUUUAUUUUAACAGUUGGAUAAUGAAAGUGUUUCCCUUGUUGACUGUAGCAGCCCAGCUUCUGCUGGAAGCCACUUGGGGAAAUUUUCCUUUAAUUUCCAGCCCAUUUUGGUAAUGAAAAUCUGCAAAAAAAAAAAAAAAAGUUUUUAGAUAAUGUAUGCAGGAAUGAAAUAGGAAAUCUGUCUUAUGUAAAACAGGAAUCUUUCUCAUCCUAAUCUCUCAAAGACCCUUUAACUCUGCUAUUUCUGAUGCUCACACAGUGGAGUUAACUUUCUCAGUGUUGCUGCAUGCUGUGCAUUUCCUAUUUCCAGCUCUACUGUCAGAAGGUAAUUUCUCCCUUGCAGUUAAAACUAAAAUAUCCCAGAGAAUUUCCUCUCUCUGAGCCUCUCACCCCCACUCAGUACAAAUUCAGUGAUUAUGAAUCUGAGAUGCACAGCUGAAUCUGGAGGGGGAAGAGGAGGAGGAAGGGAUUGAUAUUUCCCAAUCUGCAUAAGCUGGAACAUGAAACCUCCGGGCUGCCUCUGCAGUGGGGGGUGAGCCAUUGGGUUGGCAUCUCUACUGGCUCCAGGUGGGACACCUGAGUGCUCAGCCCCCAGAACAGUGCCAUCUGUCCCUACCAGUCCUGUUGGCAUUCCCCGAUGUGCUGCCAAGAUAAAGUUGUUGGUUGGUUGUUUUUUAGGGAGUAUGAGAUAAGGAACUGAAGCUUUUAAAGAUGAAACUGAAUUGUCCCCUUAACUGCACUAGUGGGACAGUGAGGCUGCAGUCCCUAGGACUGCCAUCCACCCCACUGCAGGGAAGUCAGGAGGACCAGAAUCUUCUUUAAAGCCACGUGUGAAGAAUCUGGAUUUGGGAUCUACUUCUGAUGAGUAGCUUCACUGGUUUCCCUGUCCCCACCAACUAGAUCAGUGAUAGAGAUGGCAGCAGAGCCCCUUAGGACACCAAGAGAUGCCCUAUCUAUGACCUGCCCAGUCCAACUGGAAGGGACGCCCCGUAGCCAGGGCAUGUGCCUUGGUUGCCAUGGCCAAUGCUGGGACGUAAGCUGGAGCUAGGAAUGCAAUGUAGGUGGAGCCCAGUGAGGCUGUCCUGGGUUGGCUUGGAGAACUUAUAUUUUUGUUCUCCUGUCCUGCAAAAUGCUGUGCUGUCCUGCCUGCUCAGCUCCAUGGGUCUGUCUGUGUUGUCCCACAGCCAGGGCUGGGGAUUAAAGCACAUUCAGGCACUUCUCUGGGGGGUUUACCUGCACUUUCCUCUUUAAUCACAAAUGUCUCUGUCACUGUGUAGUGUCUGUAACGUGCUCUUUUCAAUGUUGUGUUCAUGCUGUCUCGUGUCUCAUCCCUUGCCAACCACGGAUGUCCCCCAUUCAUUGAGUUCCACAGUCCCACAGUGUAUCUCACUGACUCCAACAGCUCGUGUAUUUCUGAGCUAGCUGAGGGUGCAUCAUCUGGCAGUGUAACUGAAAGGAGAAUGAAUGUAUGUUGUUUCAUGUCCAACCGUCUCGAUGGAAUAGUGCUGCAAAUAUAUUCCAGAGGGUAAAGCAUGUUAUCUGUUAAAUCUGGGGUGGCUGGGGGGUGGGGGUUAUUCUCCUAAACAGCAGUGGUGCCAAAAUCUCCAAAUCUUACCCCAGGGUGGGUAAGGUUUCACCGACAACCAGGCGGUAGGAGAGAAACUUCUGUUUCUAGCGGAAUAUAUUUUCAAUUUCUCUCUCUUUCUAUUGUUCUGUUUUUCAGUUGUUUCUUUCUGCAACUUUCUGACCAACUUUUUUCUACGUGUUGCUUCAUUAUGCAUUUUGCUGGUGUCUUUUUUCUUAUUUACUUUGCCAGGAUAGAUAUGAUUGUGGGUCCCCCGCCCCCUUCAACUCCCCGGCAUAAGAAGUAUCCAACCAAAGGACCCAUGUAUUCUUCCAAAGAAUCUCCCCAAUACUCGCCUAGGUUAGGAUUCACCAAAAUGCCGCUUUCUCUGGAUUUUUCAUUUGCUUAAUGUCAAACCCCUUUCAUGCCAGUUAUAUGACGGCAUUUAUCACUUAGCAGCUUGCUAAAUCGUGACUCAGAAUGGCUUGCUACUCUGGGUAUGAUCUGAUUUACUUGCAGUAAUGAGCUUUCACACUUGGCAAGCCAAAGGAAAAAAAAAAAAGGACAUUCCUACCAUCAUUGAUAACCAUCAGUUUCUUCAGCUAGUCUAUUGUCAGUCUUCUCCCAGUACAAGAAAGACAGGGAGCUGUUAGAGAGGGUCCAGAGGAGGGCCAC